AUGUUUGACAGCAACAAGAUUGAGACUCAUCACGCUGCCGAUGUUCAGGCAGACAUUCAGAAUUACGAUGAAGUGGUGGAUGCAGCGCGAAAUGCCACCGCAACGGAGAAGAAGAUGACUUUGAUGGAAGGUCUCAGGAGGUAUCCGAAGGCUGCUGCAUGGUCGAUUCUCCUCUCUACUGCCAUCGUCAUGGAAGGCUUUGAUGUCGUACUCAUCAACAAUUUUUACGCUUUGCCUCAAUUCGCGAGGAAGUACGGCUCACUCGACAAUCAGGGCAAGUACAGCAUCUCUGCCAAGUGGCAGGCAUCUCUCUCAAAUGGUGCCCAAGUCGGCGAAAUCAUUGGACUCGCCUUGAACGGAUGGGCCUCAGAACGCUUCGGUUACAAAAAGACAAUGAUUGCAGCCCUCUCAAUGAUGAUCUGCGCCAUCUUCAUCCCAUUCUUUGCCCACAAUAUUCAAACCCUUCUCGCCGGAGAGAUCAUUCAGGGUAUUCCCUGGGGUGUCUUCCAGACUUUGACAACCGCGUACGCGGCCGAGGUCUCUCCUGUCGCCCUUCGACCUUACCUUUGCGCUUACGUAAACCUUUGCUGGGUCAUCGGUCAACUCAUCGCAUCCGGAGUUCUUCGGGGCGUGUUACAGUGGGACAGCGAAUGGGCGUACCGUGUUCCCUUUGCCUUGCAGUGGCUCUGGCCUGCACCUAUCCUUAUCGGAACGAUCUUUGCUCCCGAAUCUCCUUGGUGGCUGGUCCGACGAGGGCAUUAUGACCAGGCUCGAAGUGUCAUCCGAAGACUCAACACGCAAGUUACAGAAAGCGAGCUGGAGGAUUCUUUGGCUUUGAUGAUUCACACCAACGCCAUCGAAAAGUCUAUGUCCGCCGGUACCAGAUACUGGGAUUGUUUCACGGGUGUGGAUCUCCGACGAACGGAAAUCGCGAGUGGUGUCUGGGCCAUUCAGAACCUCUGCGGCAGCGCAUUCAUGGGCUACUCCACAUACUUCCUUGAACAGGCAGGUCUCGCAACCAGCAACGCGUUCAACCUCUCCAUCGGUCAAUACGCUAUUGGCAUGUGCGGCACCAUUACAUCGUGGUUCCUCAUGCUUCACGUUGGACGCAGACGGCUCUACCUCGUCGGUCUCAUGGGACUUUGCACUCUCUUGGUCGUCAUCGGAGGUCUCGGCUUCAUCUCCACAUCCAGUCUUGGUGCUCAAUGGGCAAUAGGCGCGCUGUUACUCUGCUACACAGCUUUGUACGACGGCACUGUGGGCCCGGUCUGUUACUCUUUGGUCGCUGAGAUCUCUUCUACCCGUCUCCGAGCAAAGACUGUCGUCAUCUCCCGAAUCGUAUACAAUAUCUUUGGCAUCGUCAACGCCAUUAUCAUGCCUUACUUCCUCAACCCAGAUCAACUGAACUGGGGAGGAAAGACCGGACUGUUUUGGGCUGGUAUGUGCUUCCUCUGCCUCGUCUGGACCUUCUUCCGUGUUCCCGAACCCAAGGGACGAACAUAUGGGGAGUUGGACGUCUUGUUCGAGAACCGUGUAUCUGCACGAAAGUUCCGAACUACCGCCGUAGACCAGUUCGUCUCUCAGCGAAGCUCCUCACCGAGCAAGCUCUUUCAGACCGCCCAGUAUGACAACAAAGCGGAGGUAGUACAGAAGGAGAUGUAG